AGAAAUUAUUUUGAACGGACACUUUGACCGGAGAGAUUUAGAUUUGCCGGUCUUCAGCAUAUUUUACCGGUCGUAGUCCGGUAAUUACCGGCUAACGGGAACUCUGGUGCAGACCCUUCGCGGUGCAUCAGUCUCCUUCUCCAUUUCCUCUCCUGCUAAGCCGAAGACCAGGUUCAAGAUUACAGGUGCUUUCACCACUGCUCACAUUGGACUAGCAGAUCAUAACUACCCUAUGGAGCAACUCCGGGAGAGGUAUAAGCACCUCAUUGGCCUUCCCAUCCGGACCCUCACAAAUGUGAAGCCUCUGCUUCUCAUUGGAAGUGACCACCCACAUCUCGUCACCCCCAUUGAACGAGUCAGGUUAGGCCCAAAAGGGGGACCGGCUGCCAUUCACACAAGGCUAGGCUGGAUGCUGCAAGGCCCAGCCAGUGUUGUCUAUCAUCUCGCACAACCACAGCAGUGUUUUUUCACAUCAGUAUCACCACAAGUGAAUGAGCUGACGAAGCAUGUCGAGAUGUGGCAGGUCGACACUCUUCCUUUCAGAAGCGAGAAACUAGUCACACGUUCAAGGGAGGACCAAGAGGCCAUCGGUACCCUGGAGACCAAAACCAUCGGAGUACAGGUUAACGACAUACUCCGUUAUGCCACCCCGCUGUUACGCCGGAAAGACAUGCCACUCCUUCAAGCUACUAAAGAAGCCGUCAUGCACAGUCUACGGAAUAUAGAAAGGAGAUUGGCCAAGAACCCUAUGCAGGCUGAAGCCUACAAAGUGGAGAUGGAAAAGCUGAUCAAGGCAGGCUCUGUCAUCAAGUGUGACCCUGAAGUAUCAGUAGAGGAAGGUCGUGAGUCGUGGUACAUUCCUCACCACAUGGUAAGCCAUAAUGGCAAGAACAAACUGGUGUUCAACUGCUCAUUUCAGUAUCGAGGGCAAAAUCUCAAUGACUAUCUGUUGCCUUGGCCGACCUUAGGAGCAUCUCUCCUUGGAGUCCUGCUACGCUUCCGAGAGCAUGCAGUUCCGAGAGCAUGCAGUAGCAAUCAGUGGAGAUAUCAAGGGCAUGUUCCACCAGGUUCGACUCCUCCCAGGAGAUCGAGACCUGCUCAGAUGUGUUUGGCGAGACAGCAGUCAAGAUCCUGCUGCGGUGUACGAAUGGCAAGUGUUACCUUUUGGAACGACGUGUAGCCCCUGCUGUGCUACGUUUGCCCUUCAGCGCCACGUCAUCGACCAUAGUCAGACAGAUGAAGAGGUGAGGAGCUCAGUCGAGAAGUGGUUUUAUGUAGACAACUGCCUACAGAGCGUCCCCACCAUUGCUGAGGCGAGGCACCUGGUCGACAAGUUACGAGCCAUCCUAGCAUCUGCAGGCUUCGAGCUGCGUCAAUGGGCCAGCAAUCAACCAGAGGUCAUCAGUCACCUACCAGAAGAGAGUCGCUCUACCAGUGUUGAGCUCAGAACAAGACAGAUGUCCCAGAAUCCACUCUAGGACUGAGCUGGCUCUUCCAAAAGGAUAUCCUGGGCUACAAGCAUCGUCCCGUGGAUUAUGGUGAAAUCACGAUGGGCAACAUCUACAAAGUGCUGGCAAGUCAGUACGACCCCCUAGGGCAGCGUUUCUCAAAGUGUGGGGCGCGCCCCACUGGUGGGGUGCAGAGAUGUGAUAGGUGGGUCGCGAAUGGACGUGAUGAACGGGAGAUUUUUUAUUUUUAUUUAAAAAAAUAAAUGUUUUGGACCUCAGGCCGGAAUCGAACCUGGGUCCUUUCACAGCACCGCUGCACCGGACCUGCCGGAGCCGCCAGAGCCUCGCAACGGCGGGUGUUUUGGGGGGGUGUUGGGCUUUGAGCCACCACUAUUGUGUCUGCUCCUACAAUCUGGUGACCCCGACGUGAUGAGUGCUGGUCUCUAGGAGUACCACCGACAGCCAGCGGACGAAUUUCAGUCCAGGGAAGGACACCUGCACACCGUUGACAACUAAAUCAGGACGUCCAGAUACAAAGGUGAUCAGACACCUGUUGAUUGUCAAUGUCUGUGAUUGGCUAUACUACAAACAUUUUAGAGUUGUCAGCGGCGUUCUCAGUGUCCUUAGUCAUGGUAAAAAAUACAAUACUGAACAAAGUGUUUGUAGAGUCAGGUAGAUGAGUCCUGUACCUAAGGCACUGAGUGUUUGAAGAGUCUGGUAUAGAGUCCAGUACCUUUAACUCACUAAAGUAAGAAGGGGCUUAGAGUCAGGUAGAACAGUCCGGACCUAAGGCACCGAGUUAAAGUGCUUAGUCAGGUAUAGAGUCCUGCAGCUAAGGCACUGAGUGUUUGUAAGAGUCGGGUAAAUAGCUAUAAGUCCCGUACCUUAAUUCACUAAAAAGAAAAAAAGAAAAAAAAGAAAAGUGAACCAGCGAGAGCGUGAGGUAGUUUAGUCCGGCACGGCUGACUCGCUGGGAAAAUUCUGUAGACUAUAGACUGAAUAUUAUAUGUGGGUUUUCAAGAGGAGAUACGCAACUUUCAAAAUCAAUUUGAAACGACCGGAUCUCGCAAACUCUUGCUGUGGGGGUGAUCUGAACGGCUAAACGUGACGAUAAAGGAUUUUUUUGGUUUGGGUUAAUCUCCUUGUGUCGGUCGCAUCUCUAUAUAGGGGUGUCGAAGCACCGGCAAAGACCAGAAUUAUCUGUUGAAAUAUACAUCGCACAAAAAAAGCCGGACAGAAUGUAUAAGGGAAUAAACUCUGUGUGAUCUUUUUACGUCGAAUCGGUGUAAUAAUUGAGAAAAUAGAGCAUAGCAGGAGAUACACAAGACAAUUGCAGAGCUGAGAGCUCCGAACAGGGUGUAACAAUAUUCUGGGAUUGGAACUCUGAAUUCAGAAUAGAAUAUAGGACGACAAGAUUUGUCCAGUGUAUUAAUAAAUACAAGUAAUUUAGUCAGAUAAUAGAUACGAAGUCAAUUAUGGAAGAAGAGUA